UAUCGUACAAAUUAAAUUUAAUAAAAUUUUUAGCAACUAAUGAUUAUGAAGAUAUUUCUGAAGAUGAAGAUAAUAUUGAUUUACAACAAGAAUUAUCAAUUGAUAUACCAUCAACAUAUGAAGAAUUAAUAGUUCAUGUAACUGAUGAACUAGAAGAAAUUAAUGAAGAUAAAUUAUCAUAUCAACAACGUGAAGACCUUGAACCAACUCAACAAAUAAGUAUAUUUAAUCAAAUCGAAAGUUUUAAUACUAUUUUAGGACCUCAUGGAAAUUUUUCAGACAAUCAAAUUUAUGAAUCACUUAAUAGUAAUACAAUAUAUGUUGAACCAGAUGUUAUUGAAUUUCAACCUGAUGAUGAUAUAGAUACACAAUCUAUACCUGAAAUUAUGACGCUUCAUUUUCAUCAUGAACCAGGUCAUCGACUUAUACAACAACAUCGUAAUGAACAGUCAUCACCUCAACAGAUGACAGUUCAUGUAAGAAAUGAACCGAAUCAGGUAAGAAAUUUCCAUCAUUUAGAUACAACAACAACAUUAACAAAAAAACAAAUACGAAAUCGAAAAACAAAUCUUCGUCAUCGUGCAAACCGUUAUCGAUUUAAAGUUAUUCGACGAGUUUAUCAUUUAUUUAGGCCUAAACAAAUUAAACCUAUAUUAAAAUCAAUGAAUAUUUAUACUCUUAAUGUCAAUGUGAUCCGACAUGAAUUAUGUAUUGGACUUAAAGAUCAGGCAACAGUGGACGAAGUAGAACGAUUAUUACAUGAUCGGAUGUUUACAAAACAACAUUACCAUCGUCUAUACAAGUAA